AUGAAUUUCCCUGCCCCCAUCGCAAAGGCGACUCGAGGCUCGCCGACAUUUUCACUCGUCAACAGCUCCGAAUGCGACCCUCAAGCCAAGGCGGCAAUCUACAAACUCUACGAGCGGAAUACCAUGGUAUUUCAGGCAUGUGCUUCCGAUGCAAAAUACCAGAUUUUCCCCUUCGACGGCACCUACCCCACCUCGGAACACAUUGGUAAUAUGGCUCGGUCGCUCGCUUGCCGCGCUCUCUUCAGCUCUGCGCUGCUCGCGGGCACCCCGGAGUGCAAUGUGGGUGGCUCCCCACUCCGUGCUUCAAGUGAGACCCUCCUCAAGAUCACAGUCGAUAUUAGAAACUACCCGAUGUCUCCCGCCGUAAUUCCGAGCACGCCACGCUUCCUGCCGGGCUUCCUUGCGAUUCCAGCUCAAAACUGUAUUCGGAAUAUGCCAGCAGUUUGUACACAAUGA